AUGAUUCCGCCACUCACGCAUACCGAAAUGUCCUCUGUGGUGAGUGGACACAUGGCCGACGAGGUGGCCGUCUCGUACGCGAUCACCUCUCGCCCUCCCCAUGCCACAGCUCAACCACUCCCGGUCCUCGAGCUAACAACCUCACAGAUGGGUUACAUGAGCAUUGCCUGCUGGGUCAUCGUGUACAGUCCCCAAAUCUGGGAAAACUACAUGCUCAAGUCCGGUGAUGGCCUCAGUGUGCCAUUCAUCCUCCUCUGGCUGGGCGGCGACAUUACCAACCUCAUCGGAGGUGCGAUGGCCGGCGUGCUGCCCACCAUGAUCAUCCUUGCUGUUUACUACAACAUUUGCGACAUUAUCCUCCUGUUCCAGGUGUACUACUACCGCUCGCUGCGCAAGCGCCCCGAGAACCAGCCCCUGCUCGAGGCGCCCCCACGCACGCUCAAGCCGUUGCUCCCGGCCUACCUGUCGUACCCGCUCAUGAUUGCAUUCGUGAUCGUGUCGGGCUUUGUGAGCUGGGCGCUGGCCGACCACUCGGGCGGCGACAAGCACCCCGAGGACGGCCCCGCGGGCGGCGUCGAGCUCGAGUGGAAGUCGCAGCUGCUCGGCUACGCCUCGUGCUUUUUGUACAUUGGCAGCCGCGUGCCGCAGAUCUUCCACAACCUCAAGACGCGCUGCGAGGGCCUGAGUCUCGCCAUGUUCUUCUUCUCCAUCUCGGGCAACGUCACGUACGUCGCCUCCAUCCUGCUCACGUCCAUGGAGCGCAAGUACCUCAUCACGAACGCGAGCUGGAUCGCGGGCGCGGCACUCACCAUCUUCCUGGACCUGUACGUCCUCGCCCAGUUUGCCUACUUUUCGUACCAGGACAGCCACAAGCACAAGGUGUUUGCCGACGACGUCAGCGAGGAGGAGGCAUGA